AUGUACAGCGCGGUGGAUGACGAGUUGGACAGAUUGGAGCGCGCCAAGAUCAUUUCACCGGUUGAUUUUUCCAACUGGGCGGCCCCGAUUGUAGUCGUCCGCAAGGCCAACGGCUCCAUACGGAUUUGUGGGGAUUAUUCUACCGGCCUCAAUGAUGCCCUGCAGCCGCAUCGGUACCCUCUCCCGUUACCGGUAGACAUUUUCGCCAAGUUAGCCAACUGCACCGUGUUCAGCCAGGUAGACCUUUCUGACGCCUUCCUCCAGGUGGAAGUCGACGAAUGUAGUCGGGAUCUUCUUGCCAUCAACACCCACCGAGGAUUGUACCGCUAUAACCGUCUACCACCAGGAGUCAAGACAUCACCAGGAGCAUUCCAGCAGCUGAUAGACACCAUGUUAGCUGGUCUCCCGUGCACUUCUGGUUACCUUGAUGACGUGGUUGUUGGCGGAAAAGACACUGAGGAGCAUUGGACCAAUCUUCGUGCAGUUUUGGAGCGGAUUCAAGAAUUUGGUUUCACCAUCCGGCCAGAGAAGUGUACGUUCGCUCAGCCACAAAUCAAAUAUUUGGGCUACCUGCUCGACCGCAACGGGCUACGACCAGAUCCAGCGAAGAUUCAAGCUAUCACCGACAUGGCUCCUCCCACUGAUGUCUCCGGCGUACGCUCUUUCCUCGGGGCGGUUAAUUAUUACGGUAAAUUCGUCCAUAGAAUGAGAACUCUUCGUUUCCCGUUGGACGAGCUACUCAAGGCUGGCACCGAAUUCCGUUGGACAACACAAUGCCAACAGGCGUUCAUGAGGUUCAAGGAGAUUCUUGCUUCAGAUUUGCUCCUCACCCAUUACAACCCGAAUCUCGACAUCGUCGUAUCGGCAGACGCUUCUUCUGUCGGUGUUGGUGCCACUAUCAGCCAUAAAUUCCCGGAUGGUACCAUGAAGGUCGUUCAGCAUGCGUCGCGAGCACUCACACCGGCCGAGCGGAACUAUAGCCAACCGGAUCGCGAAGGCCUAGCCAUCAUAUUCGCGGUAACGAAAUUUCACAGAAUGUUGUUUGGUCGGCGCUUCCAUCUGCAAACGGAUCACGCACCUCUUUUGAGGAUUUUUGGCUCGAAGAAAGGCAUUCCGGUCUACACGUCGAACCGAUUGCAGCGCUGGGCGCUAACGCUGAUACUGUACGACUUCACCAUCGAGCACGUUCCAACAGCGAAGUUCGGUAACGCGGAUGUGCUUUCUCGACUCAUCAGUCAGCACGUGAGACCGGAUGAGGAUUACGUUAUCGCCUCGGUUGCUCUUGAGGACGAUAUCAGGAUCGUACAAAAAGCCACUCAGUCCGAUCCUGUCUCAAAAAAGGUAUACCGUUUCCUGCACGAUGGCUGGCCAGCAUCUAAGCAGAUUUUCGACCCAGAGUUGAAGCGUUUUUGCGACCGUCAGGAGUCACUCACCACUGUCCAAGGCUGUAUCCUCUUCGGCGAACGUCUGGUCAUUCCUUCGUCGAACCGCAAGCGCUGCCUCGACCAGCUUCACCGAGGUCAUCCGGGUAUUCAACGAAUGAAAGCCAUUGCCAGAUCGUACGUCUACUGGCCAUUCUUGGACAGCGAAAUUGCUGACUACGUCAAGUCAUGCCGACAUUGCGUCACCGCUGCUAAGUCUCCACCAAAGUGUGCCCCGGUACCGUGGCCAAGAUCCAGCAAGCCAUGGGAGCUAUUAUAA